AUAGUAAUUAUAGUGGUGGUCGAGGUGGGCGUGGGAUGUCCAGGAGAUCAGAUUUUCGUGUGUUAGUCAGUGGACUACCCUCUUCAGCUUCAUGGCAAGAUCUUAAGGAUCACAUGCGACGGGCUGGAGAUGUCUGUUUCUCCCAAGUUUUUCGUGAUGGUAGUGGCACAACAGGGAUUGUGGAUUACACUAACUUUGACGACAUGAAGUAUGCGAUCAAGAAGCUUGAUGGCUCUGAGUUCCGGAAUGCCUUUUCUCGCUCUUCUGUUCGUGUGAGGGAGUAUGAUUCGAAGCGGGACUCAUCUAGGAGUCCUAGUCGUGGUAGAUCUCAUUCAAGAGGCAGGAGCUACAGUCGUAGUCGUAGUCGAAGUUAUAGCCGGAGCAGAAGCAGGAGCAAGUCUCCGAAAACCAAAUCUUCACGCCGCUCACCUGCUAGAUCUCGAUCAAGGUCUGCUUCUCUGCCUCGCUCGCGAUCAAGAUCUCGCUCUCCGUUAGGAUCACGAUCAAGAAGCAGAUCUCCACUGCCUUCGAAACACAUAAGUAAAAGCCCGAAGAAACACAUAAGUAAAAGUCCAAAGAAGCGUAGUGCUAGCAGGAGUCCAAGCCAGAGCCGGAGCAGGAGCAGGAGUUUGUCACGGUGAUACUUGAUCCCUUACCCGAAGCUACCAGCAGGAGGGAGCUUUACUAUGGUUGUUAAAGCAGUGGAAGUGGGACGCCUUUUAUUUAUCCGACUUUUAAGUUUAUGGAUGGAUUCAUUUUGCAAGCCAUUGUGUUGGUUGCAUUCUUGUUUAACUGAAACUGAUGUUUUACCAUCUUCGCACCUUGUAAUGAAUAUGAGAUUUUUGCUAUGUUGCUGUUGGAAGUUUCAGAGUA